AUGUGCCGUCCCACCGUGCAAGACCACACGGACGCCCAGGUGCUGGAGCGCCUGCAGCAGCGCCUCCAGCAGCAGCUCAACCUGAACUGCGGCCCGCUCGACCACCUCGCUCACGUUGCCUCCCGGGGCAGCGGUCCUCGCCUCUUCUGCGGCCACGUCCCACCGGAGUGCUCCGAGGAGCUGGUCAAGGCCCACUUCAGCCAGUGGGGGCACGUCUUAGAUGUCUACUUCCCCAAGCGCAAAGACACCUUCCGCCGCCGCCCCUUCUGCUUCGUCACCUUCAACCGGCUCGAGGAUGCGCAGCGCGCGCUGGCGGAGAGCCCCAUGAACAUCUGCGGCAUCCCGAUCAAGCAGCUCAACCUGGUGGAGGACCGCUCAGACUACUACAAGCACCGCCACCAGGCGGCCCAGAGCGCGCUGGUGCAGGCGCUGCAGACGCUGGCGCUGCUGGGCGACGGCGCCCCGGCCGGCCCCGCUGCCCCUGCCUCCAUGGCUGCCCACACUCCGCCCGUGGACCUCAACAACCUGGCGGCCCUGCUGUCCCUGGAGAAUGCCGCUGGUGCCGGCCCCGCGCAGCUGCAGGCACGUCCGCAGCCCUACCCCAUGCACCAAACCGUGACUGCCAACGGCUACGACAGCGCCGCGCGAUACGCUCCUGGCCCGGGCCCUGCCCCCCUGCCCUUUGCCAACCUGCCUGGCUUCAGUCAGGCGGGCCUGGUCGCCGGCGCCAGCACCACCGGGCUGGCCAUGCCCUCGGCAGCCCCCGCAUAUGUGCCCCAGCCCGCCUUCCCGCCCGCCAGCACUGCCGUGCUGGCAGCCGCUCUGGCCGGCCGGCCCUGCACCGACUGGCCGCUGCCAGCCGGCGCCUCCAGCCCCUUCUCCACCCUGGAUGCUGCCCAGCACGCCUCCGCUGACAGCAGCCCGCCCAAGAGCGACGAGUUGGCACAGCUGGCAGCCGCCAUGCACCAGCGCACCUCGGGCGGCAGCAGCAGCAGUGGCAGCGCCUCGCCCGACCUCGACGGCGCCGCCGCCAACCGCCUGGCCAUGUGGCAGCUGCAGAAUGAGCUGCUCGGCGGCGAGGGCCCGGCGGCGCCGCCUCGGUGCGAUUGGAAUGCGCCUGCUUCGCUGGCAGCACAGACUACCGUCAAUUGA